GCACAGAGUGAAGGGGGAGAGAGGCAUUCGCCCAGGAAGGAGAGCUGCUGAAACUUCAGACCGGCAGUUAGAGGGAGCAGAAACUGACAGGCACUUUCCUUGGCACAUUCCUGCUCAGUACCUAAGGAAGAAACUUGUGGAACGGCCAAGGAACUGCCGGGGGAAUUCAGCACUUCGGAAAGCUCCUGGUGUCACCUGCCUGCCUUCGAGGUUCCUCUUCCGGCUUUGCAGGUCCAAGGAGAUGGAACAUGGAAGUGGCCCCCAGCUUCUCCUCUGCUUUGCUCUCCUCUAUGUUCUCUGCACUCAAGCACUCGCUUUACCUCCUCUGGGAACAUACUCCGCUAUGAGAUUAGGAAACAGAAUGCCAUUUGAUGGGGCAAGUGAAUCUGAUCAUUCUCAAGGUUCAUUAAAAUCUGAGGCUGACAUUUUGCAAACUACACUACCUGAGAAUGACAAGUUCUAUUAUGAUGUAUACAGAGCUAUGGAUAGGAACACAAGACAUGCUGAUGGACUCUUCACAAGCGGCUACAGCAAACUUUUGGGUCAAAUUUCGGCAAGAAAAUAUUUGGAAUCGCUUAUAGGAAAAAGAGUUGGAAAUAACACUCCCCUUGAUGAACAGACACCGCCAGUCAAACGCCAUUCAGAUGCUGUCUUUACUGACAACUACAGUCGCUUUCGAAAGCAGAUGGCUGUGAAGAAAUAUUUGAACUCUGUUUUAACUGGGAAAAGAAGUCAGGAAGAGCUAAACCCAGCCAGCCUUCGGGAUGAAACGGAAUUGCUUGACCCUGCCUUCUCCGAAAACUAUGAUGAUGAUGUCACUGUAGAUGACCUUGAGCUUCUGAAUCACCUCCCAUUGAAUGUCUGAAGACAACUCCAUAAAAAGAAAAAAACCCUGCAAAAAAAAUCCUAAAGAUGAGAUCAAACUAUUUUUUUGAGUUUCUCAUAGUAUUUCAAAGAGAUGAUUUCCGUAUUUAAACCAAAACAGAUAUAUUGUGAAGUGAAAAUUGUGAUAUUUUUGUUUCUUAUAUAAUAAAAAUGGAUGUUUACACUGUAAAUAUUACUUUAGAGUGAUCUACCUAAAGCUGUACAUAUGUAUGCUAGUUUUAACUCACAACAAAUCCUAUGAUCUCUUAUGCUGUAAAUCUGUUAUUUUGAUAACUGCAUUUCAAAGAAAGACAAGCAACGCACAGGGCAGAAAGUCCAUUAAACUGCUGCUUAUGGCUGCAUAUACAAAAUCACUGUAUGCUGAUUAAUUGCUCCUUAGUACUCAAACUACUAUCUUGAACUCAUGAGCUGGAUGGGCAGAGUGAGCUUUCUCACUUUUUCAGUGCAGUGAUGGGGAUACAGCAUGACUCCAAAUGAAUUAACUAUAUUCAAAUUGCUGCUUCACUAUAUUUAAAAUUGCCUAAGAUGAAAUUGGAGAGGGAUAUGUUGAAGAACUCUUCUAAAGCAAAAUGUUGGUAGGAAUUCAGGAGUGCUGGUGGUGAAAUAUUUUUCAGUACAGUUCAUAACACUUAUUAGGUGCGUUUCAUGCACCCCUAAGCUGCCAUUGAACCCUCCUCUCCCUGCCAGCAAGAUCCCAGACAAUCUGGAGGGGGUCUCCUAAGGCAAAAUACCUAUAAGAAUUUUGAGGACUCUGAGAAGAAUCUCAGCCAGAUGAGAGACAUUUUUAAAACUCCCCAC